GCACCGCGCAGCUAAUUCAAAUCGUGUUUGUUUGAUUUUUCUGUGCAGCAGAAUGAAUUCUGAAGAAAGUCCAGAAAAAGAAAUCUUUAUUUCGAGACAAAACCUCAAAGCUAAGAGGAUUCCCAAGAGCCUGAGCCUCCUGACUCAGAGGUUUGUCAGGCUGCUUCAGGAGGCCGAGCACGGGGAGCUGGACCUCGGGCACGCAUUCAAGGUUCUGGCUGUGAAACACAUCAGAAGAAUCUACGAUAUCACAAACGUGCUGGAGGGCAUCGGUCUUAUUGUCAAAAUAUCCACGCGCCAUGUGAAAUGGGUAGGGACGCCUCAUGACAGCAAAUUCAUGAACCUGAACUCUGAGUUGAAGUACUUGAAGUGGAAGGAAUCCAUACUGGACCAGCAGAGGAUGUUGGUUGAAGACGUCAUCAGGAGCCAAACAGAAGAAUGGAAAAAUCUGACCUAUGUAACCAAUGAAGAUGUCUGCAACUGCUUCAGUGGUCACAUUAUUUUGGCAGUGCAAGCACCACCAGGCACCCAGCUAGAUGUUCCCAUUCCCAAAGCUGUCCCAAACUGCCCGGCAAAGUAUCAGAUCUAUCUGAAAAGCAUCGGAGGGCCCAUAGAUGUCGUCCUUCUUAACAAGAGAACUGUCAGCUCUGCUCUCGUCGUACUUCCAGUCCCACCGCCUGAAGAAAUUUUGCAGUUUGCCAAGUCAGCAAUAUCUGAAAAUAAAGAAAACAAUGAUGGACUCUGUGAGGCAUCAGCUUUUAUCACAAAAAGCACUAAAUCUGAAUGGGGAGCCGAGCAGGACGUGCAGCAGAUUCAAGAAUCCUCUUUUAUAAACGCUAACCCCAACAAAACAGAUGAGUCUGCAUGUCGAAACAUUUCAAAAGAACUACAGAAUCACGUAGAUUCAUCCAAAGAAGUAAUGGAUGCCGAUCUGUUCACCCAGUUCAUUCGCUCCAAAGUGUUCCCUCCAGUCGUCCAGCUGUCCACAUCUCCGUCUAAGGCGUAACGGCCACUCUAAUCAGGAUGAGAGUUACCUGGUUGAUAUCCCGUUGUGCUGUUUUUUGGCAUCAAUGCCUACAUUUCUUCAUGGGCAAUGUUUUAUGAUGUUUGGUUUAAGUAUUUUUUUGUCAUUAAAUAAAGUUUGAAUUUCAUUA